AGCUUGCACGCUUGCCCACCCCCACCUUCCCCGCUCACACCGCCCUUCACCUUCCACUUCCAGUCGCAGCUAACCCUCGCAGCUGCACCUGCACACGUACGCCUAUAUAUACUCACCGCGCGCCGCCGCCGUGCACCUGUCCGUCCGUCCGUCCACUGAUCGACGACGACGUUAACCUCGCCGGCCGGCGCUAACAAUGGACGGACUAGAGGCGGCGGCGGGCGAUCAGCAGCACGGGCGCCUGCUGAUUCCUCAGCUGCCGGCCGCCUACCUCGCGUCGUCGUCGAUGGCGGCGCUUAGCCCUGCGGGGGACGACUGGGCGGCGUCGCUGAUCCUCCCAGAUGGGGGGUCGGCGGCGGCGGGCGUGGGCGAGGAUGAUCUUGGCGGAGGAGUGAUGGCGGCGGCGGCGGCGGAAAGCAGCUGCGGAGGGAGCAGCACCGUCACGAGCAGUGGCGUUACGGAGGCGGCGGCGGCGGCGGCGACGACCACGCGGCGUGGGAGGGGCAACGGGAAGAAGGCGGGCGGCGGCGGGAGGACGCCGAGGUUCGCGUUCCACACGAGGAGCGAGAACGACAUCCUCGACGACGGCUACCGGUGGAGGAAGUACGGGCAGAAGGCCGUCAAGAACAGCGACUUCCCCAGGAGCUACUACCGGUGCACGCACCACACUUGCAACGUGAAGAAGCAGGUGCAACGCCUUGCCAAGGACAGGGGCAUCGUGGUGACCACGUACGAGGGCGUCCACAACCACCCGUGCGAGAAGCUCAUGGAAGCGCUCAGUCCCAUUCUCAGGCAGCUCCAGCUCCUCUCGCAGCUGUAAUAAAUUAAUUAAUUAAUCAACCGUGUAAUCCACUUCUAAUCAAGCUCUAAUCGUGCACAAAACUGCAUAUAUAACUUGACAAGCUAAGUCGAUCUAUACAGCCAAAUUAAUUAUACGUACUCGGAUGGGAAAGAGAAGGAAAAAAGGGUUGUCCUACCUCCCAUCAUAUAGUGCUUACACUGCUACUACUGCUUACUCAUACAUACAUGUACACACGGUCAAGUGAUAGUGUUAAUAUAUAAAUCACUUAGAUAUUUACACGUUCAUGUCUCCUGAUGUUCACAAAGCUUACAGAAAAUGUACUUUAUAUGUGCUUCAGCUAGCACCUUGUAAUUUGUUCGAGCAAAUAUAUAUGUAUACGAAUCUUUCAUGUUUUUA